GUAGACGCGUCGUCGACAUCGCAAUGUAUGUUCUCGCGAUCGCAGUGUGUUCCUUUGCUACCAUGAUUUUCGGGCUGAAUGAUCCUUCGAUAGACUUGCCGAGAUUUGGAAAGCCCUUGAAUAACCUUACUGUGUCGGUUGGUCGUGAAGCCAUCUUCGAAUGUAUAGUUGAAAACUUGGGACCCUACAAGGUGGCAUGGUUGCGAGUAGACACGCAAACAAUUUUGACCAUUGCUACUCAUGUUAUCACGAAAAAUCAUCGAAUCGUUGUGACACACUCUGGACAUCGAACAUGGUCUUUACAUAUAAAAGAUACAAAAGAGACUGACAGAGGUUGGUACAUGUGUCAAGUGAAUACAGAUCCAAUGUCGAGUAUUACAGGAUUCCUGGAAGUUGUCGUGCCUCCGGAUAUCCUGGAUUAUCCCACAAGCACGGAUAUGAUUGUACGAGAAGGUAGCAACGUGACGCUACGAUGUGCAGCCACAGGAAUUCCUGAACCGACUGUCACGUGGCGACGUGAAACAGGUGGUACCAUCACUUUAUCCAAAGCAGUGGCAAGCAUCGAAGGACCAGAACUGGAAAUAACACAUGUCAGUCGUCUACAUAUGGGACCGUAUCUUUGUAUUGCUUCGAAUGGAGUGCCACCAACAGUCAGCAAGCGAAUUGUUCUCAUUGUUCACUUUCCACCAAUGGUUUGGAUUGAAAAUCAGUUAGUGGGAGCUUACGAAGGACAAGCACUUAUUCUCGAAUGUCACAGUGAAGCUUUUCCUAGACCUAUCACUUACUGGACCAAACCAACUAAUGAUACUCUCGUGAGCGAUAACAAUUAUAAAAUUGAAACGAUGCCCUCGGGUUACAAGGUUGUAAUGAAGCUGUCCAUCUUAUCGAUGCGUCCACAAGAUUUUGGUUCAUUUAAAUGUAUUUCCACGAAUUCUCUUGGAGAAACCGAUGGCAGAAUUAAACUCUACAAAAUAGCAAAACCCGCAACAAGAAGGCCAAAUUCAAGAAGAGAUUCGAAAAAGCCUUGGAAAAUGGAUUACGGUCAUGAAAAGCAUUCAGCUGGAAUAAAGGAUUUAGCAGCAUUAACCGAAGAAGACAUGAGUGACGAGACGAAUGACUUCCCAUCAGCGACUGCCUCUUCCAAUUACUUCAAUCUUGCAAUGUCAACAAUUGCCGCAAUUAUGCUUUUAAGAUUGUCAACGUAGACACGAUAAAAGUUAUAAAAACUUCUUUUUUUUGGGUUUCUUAAAUCUUUAACAAUUGCCAUGAAAUUAAUUUAAUUUUUCUAACAUUUCAUUUAAUUCCUAGACAUUUGAAAUGAUUAUAACGAUUUUUAUGUUUCAAGUUCCAUUGAUACUAAAUCCUGGAAGAUUACUUUAAUUAUUUGCAUUCUCUUAGAAACUUUCGUACCUAUACUAUCUGAAAGAUACAUCAAAAAGAGCUUAUAGUUAGUGAAUCUCCACUUUAGAAACUUUAGUUCAAUUUAAUUUUAAGUGGAAACUUGUAAAAUAUAUAUAUAUAAAAGUUUUAUCAAUAUUCGAUGAUUUGAAAAUUGAUAUUUUGUGAUGAUUGAUUUUGGCAAAAGAAAAGAAAAAUUUGGUCACAAUAUUGCUAUAUAAAUAAUAGAAAAUUUAUUUAAAAUAUGCGAUUAAUUUACAAAAUAUGUUUUAUAUUAUAAAUAAGGCGAUCAAUCAAUAAUUUUUUUGUCAUAUAAAAAAAAAAAAUAUCUUUUAUAUCUUAAAUUCGCAGAUCUCCAGGAUAUAUUUAGAGAAUCGUUUUCUACUGACACACAUUUGUCUUCCACGUCACGUGUUGCAUUUCAGCGAAAUGUUCGAACAUUGCGUUCUCUUAUGCUUUCAAUUUUUCAACGGCAAUUCGUCUCCACUGUCUCUUUAGAAAUAUCUUUGAAAGAACAAGACAGAAAAGGAAAAAGACAGGAAAAUUCGUUCUAAAAUAUCGUGUAAGGAUUGAGGAAAUUCGUUUUUUUUUUCUUCAAUGAAAUGAUUUUUAUUUUACUUAACAUAAUGUAUUUAUAAAGAAAAAUAUUUUUCGAUUAGAGGGCUAAAAAAAAAAUUUAUGGAUGGGAAAUACAAAUGAACAAAUUAUGUAAUUUGGAUAAAGAUGUAUUGUUUUUUUUUUUUUAAUUUUUGUUUUCUUUUUGUAUUUGAGAAUAUAUGUGUUAAGAUAUUAUUUAUAAAUCCCUUAAUGUGAAAAAAAUAUUGUAUAAGUAUUAUAAUAAUGUAAAUAUUUAAAUGCCUAAUGUGUUAAGAAAAAUUAUGAUAAUUGUACAUAGAGCAGAAAAAAAAAUUGUAUAUUUCAAUAUAUAGUAUAAGUCUCAGGGAGGUUGUAAAUACGUGUGUUAUAUAUUAAGAACGAUUCUUUAGUUGUUUUUUUAAAUGUAAAUACGUUGAACGAUGUCAAAUAGAACUUAAAUGUUAGAUA